CCACGCCAACAGGCGGUGCUAGACAAUCCAGAAACAUCGCAGAAUGAACGAACAAGCUCAUUAACUAUCGUCUUGACAGCGCAAGAGCUCUUCGUUUUUGAAUGAGUUAUCCAUUGCCAGUGCCUGCGCACAUGAGGAUUCCGCUAAGGUGCUGAAAGGACAGCUCCUGGGAAUCAACAGAGCCGACGACAGGAAUGAUAAUCAGGAUGUUUAAAUUAAGACUCCUCAACGCUGUCGCCCCAGCAUACUUUUUCUCGGCCACAGCGGUAACCUUCAUUUUUCACUUCUGCUUUUUCAUCCCAACGAUUUUUCAAAGCCCGGGCAUCUCACUGAGAGCAUCAACUGUGAUUCACACCGCCGUUUUCCUAUACCUGAUGCUGAACGCUUUAGGUAACUAUGUCAUGACUAUAAAGUACCCCGCUGAGAGCGCAAAUGAGACCGUGAUUCCUGCAUGUUCUGCAGAUUGCUCAGAUAAAAUAGACGCCCACUACCUCCUCAACGGUCGCCACUUCUGCAAACUCUGUAAGAAAGUCAUACUCAGGAGGGACCACCACUGUUUUUUUACUGGAAACUGCAUUGGCAACAAAAACAUGCGAUACUUCAUCAUGUUCUGCAUAUACACGUCAUGCACUUGUUUGUACUCCUUGGUUCUUGGUGUGGCCUUUCUAACUGUGGAAUACAACAUCUCCUUUGAGAACCCAUUGACUUUCCUCACCCUUCUGCCCCUCUCUACUGGUUACUUCUUCCUCGGAGUUAUUUCAGGUCUGCAGUUCUUCCUGGUGUUGAUGCUAUAUGUGUGGCUGGGCAUCGGCUUGGUGUGUGCAGGGUUCUGCUGUCAGCAGGUGCUGCUGGUAGCGCGGGGGCAGACCUACUGCCAGAUGAAGCGAGGCCAGCUGGUGGAGAGCUGCAGCUCCUGGAAGGACAACCUGAGUGAUGUGUUUGGCUCCCACUGGGCGGUGGGGCUUUUCCUGCCAGUACAGACAGUGGAGGCCUUUUCAGGAGAGGUCGCUGCCCACCACCAUAAACAUGACUGAGGUUCACCAGGGUAGAGAGAACCUGGACAUCAUUCACAUGAACUACCCCCAGUGGUUCACAUAAAGAAGAUAUCAAUUGCAUACUCCUCGAGUCCUCUCUCUUCGUCUCCGUCUCAAAACCCAUUGGAUGAGAAAGCCAGAGGUCCCACCCUCUGACCUUCUCCUCCAAUGGGUUAUGAGAAGGAGACGAAGAGAGAGGACGCGAGGAGUAUGCAAUUGAGAUCUUCCCAUUGACUCAUCAUCAUGCUUCCUUGUUGGGCUUGUCAGGAGGAUAGUUUAAAAUGUACAUCAAAUGAGGGAAUCCCAGAACAAACAUAUUGUGUCCAUGAUAGAUAGAUAUGCCCACACAUACCUGUUCUGACCUCUUCAUCUUAACUCGUAUACAGAAAACUAUGCUCAGCAUAUAUACACAUAUAUAUUAUAUAUAUAUAUAUAUAUAUAUAAAUAACUUACUGAUAAUCACUUUUAAUGACAUUGGUCUACUAUUCACAGAAUGUAUACAUGAAUACAUUCCUUGAAGGACAGGAAAAAUAGCAAUCUGAGAAGUGUAUGGAAUGCAGGUGUAAAAAGCAGUCAAAGAAGAUGUAUAAGUAUGUACACUGCAUUUGGAAAUUAUUCAGAACCCUAGACUUUUUCCACAUUUUGUUACUUUACAGCCUUAUUCAAAAAUGGAUUAAAUAGCUUUUUCCCCCUCAUUAAUCUACACACAAUACCUCAUAAU